CUAUUAAACAAAUUUCUUCUCGCUCAAGUUUUGUGCCUUUCUUCCUCACACCACAACAGCAAAGCUACAAGUUUUCUGCAAGCUUUCUUCGAGCCUGCUCAAACACCAUGAGCAGAAGUUUUAGGUGACCCAAACGUAUUUCUUAGUGUUCCGGCGACACUUUGGAUCCCCCCCAUCACCACCAUGACGGACACACCCACCGUCCAGGAUCCCCCAGCUCAUGCCAUUGAGCAAGAGCUCUUGGACAAGACUGCGGACUUGACCCUCCAGGAACACAAGGCGCCGCCUGGAGAUGCAGAUGCCGAGCUGCCUCCCCACCGGAGUCAUGAUCCUGAUCACAACCAAAAGCGCACAGAUCCCUUCCAGUUUGGAUCUCGCUAUCUGCAGCAAGAAGACGAUGUCUUCGAGUUCAAUGCCUGGGACCAUGUAGAGACUGACGACGUAUACAAAGAGUACGCUGAGCAGCAGUAUGAGAUGCAACGACAGUCGCCAGUCUCUGAUUUUGACAAAAACAGGUUCAACUCAGACCCCGCUAAAUGGUGGAAUCUCUUCUACAAGAACAACACUGCCAACUUCUUCAAGAACCGCAAGUGGCUGCAGCAGGAGUUCCCAAUACUCGGUAAGGUCACUGAGGAAGAUGCUGGACCUGUGACAAUCCUUGAAGUGGGUGCUGGUGCCGGCAACACUGCCUUUCCUAUCCUGGCAAACAACAAGAACCCUAAGCUGAAGGUCCAUGCUUGUGACUUCUCCAAGAAGGCCGUCGAAGUGAUGCGUACACAUGAAGCAUACAACACAGAUUACAUGCAAGCCGACGUAUGGGAUGCUGCCGGUGAAGAGCUGCCUCCUGGGCUCGAAGAGGGUGCCGUUGAUGUCGUUAUCAUGAUUUUCAUCUUCUCUGCAUUGAACCCGCGUCAGUGGAAACAAGCAGUCCACAAUGCAUAUCGUCUCCUAAAGCCCGGUGGCGAGGUCUGCUUCCGCGACUAUGGAAGAGGUGAUCUCGCUCAGGUCCGUUUUAAGAAAGGCCGCUACCUAGAAGAUAACUUUUACAUUCGUGGAGAUGGUACACGCGUCUACUUCUUUGAACAGGACGAGCUUGCCGCCAUAUGGUCUGGUGACGCUUUUACCAAGGAAGAAGAGGCUAAUGGAGAUACUCCAUCAGCUGAAGAAAACAAUGCAACAAAAAUAGCAUACUUUGAAAUAGAGGAUCUUGGUGUAGACAGAAGACUCCUUGUCAACAGACAAAAGAAGCUGAAAAUGUACCGUUGCUGGAUGCAAGGUCGAUUUAGAAAGAAAUAGAUUUUACAUUUGACAAGUACACAAA